CCCGCGCCGGGGUCCUCGGAGCGCUCGGGCUGCGCGCGGAGCGGGCUCGGGAGGGAAGUCCCGAGACAAAGGAAGCGCCGCGCCGCCACCGUCGCCGCCGCCUCGUCCGCCUCGCUUGCCGGGCUGCGGCCGCCCGAGAGGAAAAGAAGACACCUGUCCCACGUGCUCCGGUGUAAGCCUGAAGGCUGGGGGCAAGCUGCCAGUCACCCACCUCCAGGAGACACCCCGUUUGUGGUGUUAAAGCCUUGUUGACGGACUUUGAAUAUGUCGGGGAUCGCUCUCAGCAGACUUGCCCAGGAGAGGAAAGCUUGGAGAAAAGACCACCCAUUUGGUUUUGUGGCUGUCCCAACAAAAAACCCCGACGGUACAAUGAACCUCAUGAACUGGGAGUGCGCCAUCCCAGGGAAGAAAGGGACCCCAUGGGAAGGAGGCUUGUUUAAACUACGGAUGCUCUUCAAAGAUGACUAUCCAUCCUCACCGCCGAAAUGCAAAUUUGAGCCCCCGCUCUUCCACCCUAACGUGUACCCUUCAGGCACGGUGUGCCUGUCCAUCCUUGAGGAAGAUAAGGACUGGAGGCCAGCCAUCACGAUCAAGCAGAUUUUACUAGGAAUACAGGAACUUCUAAAUGAACCAAAUAUUCAAGAUCCAGCUCAAGCAGAGGCCUACACAAUUUACUGCCAAAACAGAGUGGAAUACGAGAAAAGGGUUCGAGCACAAGCCAAGAAGUUUGCGCCCUCAUAAGCAGCGACCUGCGGCAGCAUCAAAAGGAAGGGAUUGGUUUGGCAAGAACUUGUUUACAACCUUUGCAGAUCUAGCGUUGCUCUGUACAAUUAUUAGUCACUGAGGGAGGCGGGCGGGCGUCAUUUUCCAUUUCCGCCACUGGUACACAGUUCUCAACUCGCUGAAUUGCCCAGUUUUUCAUACAGGGUCUCUUCCUUCAGUCUUUUGUAUUUUUGAUUGUUAUGUAAAACUUGCUUUUAUUUUAAUAUUGAUGUCAGUAUUUCAACUGCUGUAAAAUGAUAAACUUUUAUACUUCGAUGAGUCCCUGAGGAGCUAGUUCCCUUUGCUCGCGGGUGCAGGCAUGCUUCCCACCGUCAGAGCUUACACGUAGCGUCCAGCUGGCUGUAUGAAAAAGAAAUCCGCCUGUCCCCCGCCCUCACGCCUCUGUCCUCUCUGCAGACCCCGGGUUGUGUUGCUAUGAGCCUCAGAUCCAAAGUCAGCCAGCCUCUCGUUUCCGCAUCACUUCCUUUGUGUUUAUAUGGCGUUUUGUCUGUGUUGCUGUUUAGAGUAAAUAAACUGUUUAUAUAAA